AUGCGCCAUGCACUUCCGUUUCGCUUCCGCCAAUUCUCAAUUUCCGCCGUCAGCAGCGCCCCCGGAACCCUUCCGUCCCCCGCUUCCCCCGCUGCGUCCUCGUCCUCGUCCCUCUCCCCCCCCUCCUCGCCGUUGCCCACUCACGGGGAAGGGAUGGUUCUUGAGAGGGCGGCGGUUUCCACGGCUGAAUUCACGGCGCAUGAUUACAUGAUGGACGGGGGAGUGGAGGAGGUGUUGGAUUCGCGUUUCUUCCACGUGGCAGCGACUGCCACGUCAGCUGCAGCCGCGUCGUUCCCGCCGGGAACGGGCCAGCAAAUCAGCACGCGCCACGUUACAGGGCGCCGCGACGGACAGCCCUCUGCUUCGUUUAAUUCUGGCGGGCGCAGCGAGUUAAGGGACACAGAUGUGAAAGACGACGGGAGCACAGGUGGAGGGGAGGGGCGCGCGGAGGUUCUUGAAGAACUUGAACCUGAACCUGCCACGGGCACGGGCGGCGAAACUGCCACCACCAUGGCUCCAGACACGGACAAAACCGCCAGCUGUCCUCACGCUGCGACAGGACUGGUUGACGCGGGCGGCGGGAAGGUGGUGAAUGCGAUGGGGAUGAGAGUGAGAAUUAAAGCCGAGGCGGAGCAGACGGGGGGGUCGUAUAGUGUGAUUGAGUACGAGGUUCCGGCAGGGGAGGGGACAGAGGAGCACAUUCACACGCGGGAGCACGAGGCAUGGUUUCUGCUGGACGGGCAGAUGACGUGGACCAUCGAGAAAGAAACCUAUCAAGCCAGUCAGGGCAGUUUCAUGCACAUGCCUCUUGGCCGGGCACAUUCUUUCCACAACAAUUCCGACCGACCUGCCCGGAUGCUGGUGGUCUGUAUGCCGGGCGGGCUGGAAAAAUAUUUCUUGGAGAUUGGAGAUCCUGAGGAAGCAGCUGGAAAGGCACCUGAGCAGUCACCUGGUGGUGCUGUGCAUAAGCCUGUGGUGGAGCAGGCAAAGCUUCAGAAUGCAAUAAAGAAAGCGAUGCUCUACGGUCUAGUGUACCCUAAAGGCGCAGCGGCUUAG